AUGACUGUUACUGAGUAUACUAGUAAGUUUGAGGAGUUGUGUCGCUUUUCUCGUAUCUGUCAAGGGGCACCAGAAGAUUUUGCCGAAUGGAAGUGUAUUAAGUAUGAGGGAGGCCUUCGAAGUGAUAUUCUGAGUUUUGUUGCCCCAAUGGAGAUCAGGGUGUUUUCUGAAUUGGUGAAUAAGAGUAGAGUGGCUGAAGAUUGUGUGAGGAAGGCAGCAGCAGAGAAAGAAAGUUUGAGGGUGCCUUUUCAGAGACCUUCAGGAAGGAACUUUGCUCUUAGAGGUAGGAAUUUCAAGCAUGGAGGCUCUGUUCCACAGCAGACUCAGGGUCAAGGUAAUUACAGAAGGCUGAAUACCAAUGUUAAUCAAGGAAGAAGGUUUGGGAAGCAGCCACAGCAGAAUUUGAAUUGUCAGAAGUGCGGAAAGUAUCAUCCUGGAGUUCCAUGCAGAUUAGGACUUGGAGUAUGCUAUUCCUGUGGACAGCCCGGGCAUAUAGCCAGUAAUUGCCCGGAGAAGAAGAAGUAUGAGACUGGUAGGGUGCAGCAGCCAGGGAGAGUAUACACCACUUCUACCAUAGGUGCUAAGGGAUCUGAGACACUAAUUAGAGGUAAUUGUGAAAUGGUUGGUAAAAUCUUAAAUGCUUUAUUUGAUUCAGGAGCAAGUCAUUCAUUUAUUGCAUUUGAAAAGGCCCAUGAAUUAGGAUUGAGAAUGGUGGUUCUAGGUUAUGAUUUGAAAGUAUAUAAUGCUACUCAUGAAGCUAUGGUGACUAGGAUAGGAUGUCCACGAGUUCCCUUUCGAGUACAACAACGUGAAUUUGUGCAUGAUUUGAUUUGUUUUCCUAUGACUGGUCUUGAUCUCAUUUUGGGAUUGGAUUGGUUAUCCAAGAAUCGUGUUUUGCUUGAUUGUUCUGAGAAGUCAGUACAGUUUAUGCCGGAAGGGUCAGAAGCACUAGUUGUGGUGAAUAGUUAUAUUUGA